GUGGCAUCAGGCCCCGCCCCCUAUGUCUACUAAUGAGCCCUACGGCUUUCCGUAGCUCGUCUCUGCUUCCCUGACGGAGGUGGUGGUUUCUGUCGGGUGCAGACGGGCCCGGCCCGGCGAGAUGGCGGCGCAGAAGAUCAACGAGGCGCUGGAGCACAUCGCCAAGGCGGAGAAAUACCUGAAAACUGGAUUCUUAAAGUGGAAACCAGACUAUGAUAGUGCAGCUACUGAAUAUGGAAAGGCAGGUGUUGCUUUUAAGAAUGCCAAACAGUUUGAGCAGGCAAAGGACGCCUAUUUGAGGGAAGCUGAAGCACAUGCAAAUAAUAGAGCGUAUCUUUUCACUGAUGGUUUUAUGGCUUGUAUCCUUAACUUUGGCUCUGUUACAUCCAGUCUCUUCCAUGCUGCCAAAGCUUAUGAACAAGCUGGCAUGAUGUUAAAGGAGAUGCAAAAACUUCCUGAAGCAGUUCAGCUAAUUGAGAAGGCCAGUACGAUGUACCUGGAGAAUGGAACACCUGACACAGCAGCUAUUGCACUGGAACGGGCUGGAAAGCUAAUAGAAAGUAUGAACCCAGAAAAGGCUGUACAACUCUAUCAGCAGACAGCAUCAGUGUUCGAAAAUGAAGAACGUUUACGGCAGGCUGUAGAAUUGCUAGGGAAGGCCUCAAGACUUUUAGUCAGAGGACGCAGAUUAGAUGAGGCUGCAUUGUCUAUUCAGAAGGAAAAAAAUAUUUAUAAAGAAGUUGAAAAUUAUCCAACAUGUUAUAAGAAAACUAUUGCUCAAGUCUUAGUUCAUCUUCAUAGACAUGACUAUGUUGCUGCAGAAAGAUGUGUCAGGGAAAGUUACAGUAUACCGGGAUUCAAUGGAAGUGAAGACUGUGCAGCACUAGAACAGCUUCUAGAAGGCUAUGACAACCAGGACCAGGAUCAAGUUUCUAAUGUCUGUAACUCACCACUCUUCAAGUACAUGGACAAUGACUAUGCCAAGCUAGCUCUUAGUUUGGCGGUCCCAGGAGGAGGAACUAAGAAGAAAUCACCAGUUACUACACUGGACAAAGCAGGAGGACCGGCCGCAGUUGGCUCCCAUGCUGAGGAGGAAGAUGAUGAAUAUUCUGGUGGACUAUGCUAGUUGUAAACAUGUUUAAUGUUAAAUAUCAGAAAUAUUGCUGUUUGUGGAUGUUGAGCAUAUCCAAAGGUACCAGAAUUACCAGCGCUUCAUUGCACUCAUGAUAUCGGAAUGCUAAUAUUGACUUGACAGCUUUUGGGUACUAUUACAAAAAAGCAUGAUAACCCACCACUUGUUGAAGCAUUUCUGGAUUCCAUUGCGUACAUGGUAGGAACUUCCUGAGUCACUGCCUUCCUCUGAUUGAAAUAUCUGAAUAAUAUUGUGUCUUCUCUAAAGCACAUAGGUUAAAAGAAACUAAAUCAGAUUGGGGAGAAGUAUUGAAACAACUAGAGUUUCAAAUCAUUGGAUUCUGGAAUAUUUUGACUGGCUCUUCUGGUUCUCUGUAACAUGUUUGUAAUUUCUUUCCACUUUGGCAGUUUUAAAGGUUAUUCAUCUUGGUGUAGUUUUUUGCACAUUGAGUAUCUGAAUAAAGAAGACAAACUCCAGAUAUUUAUACAAGUUUAAGCCUGUGGGGUGUGGACCAUUCCAUUUAUUCUGAAAACAUUUUUCUACAUUUUUCUGUAGAGGGAUUUGUUUUAAAUGCCUUAUUUUUAUAAGCAUUAUCCAGGAGUGUAAAAGGGUGUGGAAAAUAACUAGGACAACUGAUAUGAAGCCAUCUUGCAAGUUUCUUCAGAUACCUAUGGGAAAAUAAUGGGGCUCUCUUUCACCUAAAGAAACAAUAUUCUCAGGAGAUCUUUGGUGAUACGUUUGCAUGCAGAUUGAGAUGCUGUUUGUAAUGUAUAUAUUGCAAAGGAGAAAGGAGCCAACAAUAAUCAAUUGAAAAGACUGCAGAUAGAUGUAUUGUUUGCCGAAUAUAAAACCCUUGCAGAAAAA